GCACACGAGAGCGCGCUGCCGCCUGCUCGCGCGCGCGACGGGAAGCAGCGCAGGCUGUGGUUAUAAAGCUCCCCCCCCCCCGGAAGGGAAGAGGUGGGGUGCUUCCGGCGUGAGGCUACAGUGCAUGCGUGCCGGGGACCGGCAUCAGCUGAUCCAGUACUGCCGCCGGAGGGGAGUCGGGCUUCGGGUGUGCCGGCGUCGGUCACAGUUGAACAGGCAAAAUGGACUUCUCCAAGCUACCCAAAAUCCGUGAUGAAGACAGAGAGGCUUUUGUUGGUUAUGUCCAUGGAGUCUCAGGACCUGUGGUCACGGCGUGCAACAUGGCGGGUGCUGCUAUGUACGAGCUGGUACGUGUAGGCCACAGUGAACUGGUGGGGGAGAUUAUCCGACUGGAAGGUGAUUUGGCAACUGUACAGGUGUAUGAAGAAACAUCUGGUGUCUCUGUAGGAGACCCUGUACUCCGUACUGGCAAACCCUUGUCAGUGGAACUAGGGCCUGGCAUUAUGGGAGCUAUUUUUGAUGGUAUCCAGAGGCCGCUCUCAGACAUCAGCACUCUGACCAAAAGUAUCUAUAUCCCUAGAGGUGUCAACGUGUCAGCUUUGAGCCGAGAUGUCAAAUGGGACUUCACGCCUUCCAAAAAUUUGCGGGUCGGCAGCCACAUCACUGGUGGAGAUAUUUAUGGUGUGGUGAAUGAAAACUCCCUUAUCAAACACAAAAUCAUGCUGCCCCCACGGAACAGGGGAACAGUUACAUACAUUGCUCCGCCAGGAAACUACGACACUUCAGAUGUUGUCUUAGAGCUGGAGUUUGAAGGUGUGAAGGAGAAGUUCACUAUGGUCCAGAUCUGGCCUGUACGUCAAGUCCGUCCCGUUACUGAGAAGCUACCAGCCAAUCAUCCUUUGUUAACUGGCCAACGGGUCCUGGAUGCCCUAUUCCCGUGUGUACAAGGGGGUACAACAGCAAUUCCUGGGGCAUUUGGUUGUGGGAAGACUGUGAUCUCACAGUCUCUCUCAAAAUACUCCAACAGUGAUGUCAUCAUUUAUGUAGGCUGUGGAGAACGAGGAAAUGAAAUGUCUGAAGUACUGAGAGAUUUCCCUGAGUUAACAAUGGAAGUUGAUGGCAAGGUAGAAAGCAUCAUGAAGAGAACAGCUCUGGUGGCAAAUACGUCCAACAUGCCUGUGGCUGCCAGAGAAGCAUCUAUCUAUACUGGAAUCACCCUGUCUGAGUAUUUCAGGGACAUGGGCUACCACGUCAGUAUGAUGGCAGAUUCUACUUCUCGAUGGGCUGAGGCCCUCAGAGAAAUUUCAGGGCGACUGGCUGAAAUGCCUGCUGAUAGUGGUUAUCCAGCCUACCUUGGUGCCCGUCUAGCUUCUUUCUAUGAGCGAGCUGGCAGGGUGAAGUGUCUGGGAAAUCCUGAAAGGGAAGGCAGCGUCAGCAUUGUUGGAGCUGUCUCUCCCCCAGGUGGUGACUUCUCUGAUCCUGUCACAUCUGCUACACUGGGCAUCGUUCAGGUUUUUUGGGGCCUGGAUAAGAAGCUGGCACAACGCAAGCACUUCCCCUCUGUCAACUGGCUGAUCAGUUACAGCAAAUACACACGUGCCCUGGAUGAGUACUACGACAAGCAUUUUACAGAGUUUGUCCCUCUCAGGACAAAGGCCAAAGAGAUCUUACAGGAGGAAGAGGACCUUGCAGAGAUUGUGCAGCUUGUGGGGAAAGCUUCCUUGGCAGAAACAGAUAAAAUUACCUUGGAGGUUGCCAAGCUGAUAAAAGAUGACUUCUUGCAACAGAAUGGUUAUACGCCUUAUGACAGGUUCUGCCCUUUCUAUAAAACAGUGGGAAUGCUUUCCAAUAUGAUUGCGUUUUAUGACAUGGCACGCCGUGCUGUAGAAACCACAGCCCAGAGUGACAAUAAGAUCACGUGGUCCAUCAUCCGAGAGAACAUGAGUGAAAUCCUCUACAGACUUACCUCCAUGAAGUUCAAGGACCCUGUCAAAGAUGGUGAAACCAAAAUCAAGGCGGACUAUGCUCAGCUCUUUGAGGAUAUGCAGAAUGCGUUUCGCAGUCUGGAAGAUUAGACUCAACCUCUGUGACCACUCCAGUAUGUCUGCUCAAUUCCUCAUCUCAGCUCCUCUGCUUCCCUACCUUACAGGAACGAUGCAACAGUACUUGAGUUGAUAAAUACCCCUGUGUUUUCCCUGUUCAUACUCGAUUGUCCUUACAAAACAUUCCUCUUAGUUUGUGUUUCGCAUUGCUUUGGGUAUCUGAAAUGGCGGGUGAUGUGUGAAUGGCCCGGCUGAGUGAGGAUAUGCUGUUGUACACUUCUAGGGUGGGAAAAAUUUCACCUUCCCUCUCCCAGCUCUCCUGGGAACUGGUCUUUCACCUUGGGCUGUAACCAGUUGGGCUGUACUGCCAGAGGAGGUGUAGAUCUUAAUGCAGUCAUGCGGUACAUUCUGAGCUGGCAGUGGUCAGGACACUUACAUCUGGAACUUUGCUAAGUGAUUAUCUUACAUAGAACUCCCUAUCCUCAAACAAUUUGACCAUAUUCCUAUGACACAUUGAUACAACCAAGAAUUCUUCACUGUUAUGCCCCUUCUGCAGCCCUCAGCUGAAUGUGUUGGUAUUGAGAUGGUAGUUCGGGGUCUCCCCAAGGAGUAACUAACUAGAAGAUGAGCACGUACAUGCAGCCCAUAUACUUUUGUACACUGGAGAAAUAGAAUUUUAUUUUCCUACUGAAUACAGCUAGGACUGUUGGGACUCAGCAUCAGCUAAAGUCAAAGCCAUAGGUGCUCAGCUUCCAGCAGAAUUUUGCUGCCUUGUCUCCCACUAACCCCAUGAAAUGUCAUGAUGCUCAGGUGCUUUAGUUGGUGAAGGGUAUGGGUGCCGCCGUGUACCGCAGAGCACGGGGCAAGUUAUGGAGCAGGAGCAGCUGCCUCCCAGCACAGGGCCUGGGUCCUGACAAGGAGAGGAAAGCAUAGGCUUGGCCUUCCUCCUCCACCUGUGCUCGUGUGGCUCUGUUGGUGGUGGCACAGAAGGUCCCCAGUUCUCACAUAAGAAUGUAUGAUGCUAAACUGGGGGCGGGGGAUGAACAGGGGGAAGGUUGACAAGUACAAAAUGUAUUUACUCUUGCUUUGUCGACUACAAUGCAAGAGAAACCAGUGACUGGUCCUCUGUUCUGGCAGCACUCUGUCCAGCACCAAAAACUGCUCUGUCUUGAGCUUGUUUAUUGGCAAAACUAGUAUGAGGAAUGAGGAUAGAGCAGCCUUUCCCUCAGACUCCAAGGGCCCAACUUCCAUAUCAUGGCUGCAGUGAGCAAGCUCAGUGCUGGCAUCCUCUCUGGCUUCUUGCUCGUGCCAGGUGCCAUCUAGAACUGCUUCGUUGUGCAGCAUCCUGUGCCCAGCUGAGUCCUAGCUGCUGCUUUGUUAGUCAUGAAUGAGUAGCCAUUGUGGGUGGCAGUGGCGUGGCUACGUCAGCAUUAAUUCUGCAUUGUGGUAUUUCCACCAGCUGCUGGCUUUGGACAGUAGUGACGCCAAGCAAUCUCGUGCUACGGACCAAAUGCUACCACUUCCAUGAUGGUGUCAACUCCCUCUUUGUCAAGGGAAUGCCCAGCUGAAACUGAAAGGGGUUCUCUCUUUGGUUCUCCCCCAAGGAACCUGCUCCUCCAGCUGACACUUGGGUAGUGAAUGGUUAAGUUUACAGCUGACUAAACUUUUGGUGUCUGCUGCUUGUUUUACCAAUGAGCUUGUGUGAAUGAGUAGCCGCCAUCCAAGCCCUUGCCGGAUUCCUCAUUGUUCGUACCCCUCACCAUUGUACUAUGUAGUAUUUCAUGCUAGAAACCAGAUGUUCUUAUCUCUUUAGAGGAUGUUAUAAACUUUACAGAAGAUGUCUGAGAUAAUGCAGUUCUAAUAUUUAUUGUGCUGUACCUGGCCCUGAAGUGUGACCAGUUCAAACAGUUUCAUAUAUAUUUUUGUCUCUUUUUUUUUUUUGUUUUGUUUUGUGUCCAUUUCCAGUGUUGAGAUGCUGAUGUUCACUGUGUCCUGCCAGUCUUCUCUCCACAGCUGUGGGGGGAAUUACAAGAUAGGCAGAACCCCACCACCUGUUUUAUCUUGUAUAUUUCAUAAUGUAUGUUGCUGGAAAUUGUGUAAAAAAUGAAAAAAGUUUAAAAAAUUGUUGAAGUCAAUGAAAAUAAAUUGAAAAUAAAUUGAUUUAAAGUA